GGUACACAACAGAAAAUAUAGUGACAUCAUAAUCACCGAUCAUCAACCCUCAAUCUCCCAAGAAGGUUGGCCAUGGCUUCCAAAUCUAUCAACGAGCUUCAUUUCCUCUUGAUUCCAUACCUAGCCCCUGGCCACACAAUCCCCAUGAUUGACAUGGCCAAAUUGCUCGCACAGCAACCGGAUGUGACUGUCACCGUCGUCACCACACCCCUCAACGCCGUUCGAUAUGGUCCCGUCCUCAACAAACCCGGACUCCCGGUGGGUUUCCUUCAACUUCCGUUUCCGGCGAUGGAGGUUGGAUUACCAGAGGGGUGUGAAAGUCUAGAUGCUCUGCCUAGUCCUGAUCUAGCACUAAAGUUUGCAGAUGCAGUUGACAUGCUUCAAUCCAAACUCGAACAAUGUUUCAAGACGUUGAGUCCUCCACCGAGCUGUAUCGUAUCCGAUAAGUACCUGCCAUGGACUGCUGAUACGGCCGAUAAAUAUCAACUACCCAGAGUCAUUUUUGAUGGAAUGAGUUGUUUCAAACAGUUAUGUGAUCACAAUUUGUAUGAAUCCAAGGUGUUCGAUGGUUUGCCUGAGUCAGAGACCUUUGUCGUCCCUGGAUUGCCUGACCGCAUCGAGCUAACGAGAUCCCAGCUGCCAGUCGAGUUCAACCCAAGCACACACACCACGAGUGAGCGUCUUGAACGGGUGAGGGAAACCGUGUUGCGAUCUGUUGGAAUUGUGAUCAAUAGUUUCGAGGAGUUGGAACAAGAAUAUGUUAAUGAGUACAAGAAGUUGAAAGGGGGUAAAGUUUGGUGCAUAGGUCCAUUAUCAUUAUGCACCUAUAACGAUAAGGCUCAAAGGGGAAAAAUUGCCUCAAUUUCCGAGCAACAAUGCAUGGAAUGGCUCGAUUCACACCCACAUGGAUUGGUGGUUUACGCUUGUCUUGGUAGUGUUAGUCGGGUUAACCCUAUGCAACUUAUCGAACUUGGUUUAGGCCUAGAAGCGUCCGAUCACCCGUUCAUUUGGGUAAUUAGGGACAGAGAGGUUGAGCAAUGGAUAGUAGAAAGUGGAUUUGAAGAGAGGGUUAAAGAUCGUGGGCUUUUGAUACGAGGGUGGGCUCCACAGUUGUCGAUCUUGUCCCACCCCUCGAUCGGAGGGUUCUUGACACACUGUGGGUGGAACUCAAUUUUGGAGGGAGUGUGUUCCUGCGUGCCCAUGAUCACAUGGCCUCAGUUUGCGGAGCAGUUUUUGAACGAGAAGUUAGUGGUACAAGUUUUAGGGACUGGCGUCGGUGUCGGGGCCCAAUUUGUCGUUCAUUGGGGGGAAGAAGAGAAGUUUGGAGUGAAGAUGAAGAGCGUGGAUGUUAAGAAGGCUAUAUUGAAGGUCAUGGAUUCGGGGAUCGAAGGAAUUGAGAGAAGAAAGAAAGCGAAAGAACUCGGGAAAAUAGCAAAUAGAGCAAUAGAAGAGGGAGGCUCUUCUCACAUGAACUUGAAACUACUCAUACAACAAAUAAGGGACAUGAAUCUCCACCGGUCGUACUCAGGUUAAG